AUGACUGCGAUGUUGAAACCAAGUGUGGAUAUAUUGCCCUACAUUCAUGUGUGUGGUCGCAACAAUUCCAACUACAAUCAGUGCAUCAUGGAUAACGUUAAUAAUGUAAGAGAUGAAAUUUGCAAAAGAUCUCCGGAAUUUAAAUUUCCACAACUUGAGCCAUUCAUUAUUGACAAAAUAGUUAUUUUCGACGAACCUAAUAUCAAAUUGUAUCUUGAAAACGUAAAAUGUUAUACAUUUUGCGAUUUUGUUAUAAACUCCGUUCACACAGAUCUCGACAAGCUUCAGUUCAAUUUUGAUAUUGUAUAUAACAUGAAUUCGACUUCGUCGUAUGUUUUGGAAGUACAUCUGCUAGUACCAAUCGUUCACAAAGGGAAAUGUCAAAUUCUAACGAAUAAUAUAAAACUCCAAGAAAGUUUGGACUUGAAUGUGAUAACUAAAAAUAGCAAGAAACAUAUAUACGCAUUAAAAGCAAAUACGAAUAUUGACUUUAAAGAUUUUGAUUAUAAAUUCGAUGAAAACGAAAUAAAAUUAGUUCAAUUACAUGAAAUUAUUAAUAAUAUCGUAAACAAUAAUAAACAAAUAAUUAUUGAUAAGAUUAUACCCGUAUUUGAAAAGAAAUUUUCCGAAAUAUUCAUUCAAUUAUUUAAUGAUAUAACUCAAUCUAAUUAUAAGGAGUUCUUUCCCGAAGAAAUAUGA